AUGAGAUCUCGUUGUCCAUUUUGCAUACGAACCUACUCGAGCCCUGGAAGUUUUGAUCGACAUCUGGCGAAAGAGCAUUCGGGACAGGCAGCUGAAUGGUAUAAUACACAGCUCUCACAGCCACGCGAAGAAGCCUUGGGGAGCCUUCACGGCGGCCUAGGAGAGCACAAUGAGGACUGGGAUUUGGCGGAGCGUCACGAAUCCGAAUCCGAAUCCGACGAACCGAGUUGUGAUUUAGACUCUGGACGUCCACUGUUUAACCUAGCCACUACGAUAUAUGAGGGCGCAGGUGAAGCCCUUUUCCCGACACCAGGAUAUAACGAGGUGACAGAGAGCUUUCUCAGAAGCCCAUGGAGCCCGCUACAGUCCGCAGAGGAAUUCAAAUUAUCACGUUGGUUCCUACGGUCUGGGGUGUCCCAAGGGCAAAUAGACGAUUAUUUUCGCUCCGCUAGCCUUCCAAAAGGCUCCUACACAACUGGUAGGGGCUUUGCACGCUGUCUUGAUGAGAUGUCUUCUAGGGACGGUCUUGGGACAGAGGGCUGGGUGCACUCAGGGGUUGAAAUAGGUGGAGAGGUGGUCCCUUACUACUACCGCGAUCCUAUGGCAAUAGUACGAUUCCUUUUGGGGCAGCGUGCAUUCAGGGAGUCUUUGGUGUAUGCUCCAACGAUGGAGUAUAAUGAGAUGGGAGAACGGAUGUAUGGGGAAAUGCACACGGCGGACUGGUGGUGGGAGAUGCAGAAUACCCUGCCAGAGGGAUCAACGGUCGUACCAGUGAUUUGCGCAUCGGAUGGCACCCACCUAACAAAUUUCAGUGGUGAUAAAAAGGCUUGGCCUGUUUAUUUGACCAUUGGAAAUAUAACGUCGGAAACCCGAAAUAAGCCCUCAAAUUACGCGAUGGUAUUACUAGCACUACUACCUGUUCCACCGAAGUUAGGGGUGGGGGCACGUGCAGAUGAACUGCGUCGGCAGAGCCAGAUGGCUCUUCACAAGGUCCUCGGAGAUAUUCUCGAUGGCCUCCGGAGCCCUGGGCAGAGCGGGGAAUUGAUACCAUGUGCGGAUGGGUUCGAGCGAUUAUGUUAUCCAAUACUAUGCGCAUGGAUUGCUGAUCAUCCAGAGCACGCCGCAUUACUAAACAUCAAUAAUCAUGCCUGCCCAAGGUGCGAAGUUGAUUUCAAAGGCCUUGGAGGCCUUCAACAAGGUGCGCUUCGGAUUCAAGAGAGAUAUAUGGAAAUGGCCGAGAGGUAUAAGAUGGAUACCUCCGAUAACACACCUGUGGAGUACCUGGUAUCGAAGUGCAUUAAGACUAUGUACAAUGCCUUCUGGGCCUUGCCGAGGGUCAAUGUGUACGACCUUCACAAGCCGGAUAUCUUGCAUAAUCUUUAUUUGGGACUAUUAAAACAUAUGAUGGGUUGGGUUCAAUUGUUUCUGAAGAAGCACAAACGGCUAGAGGAAUUUGAUCAAGCCUGGGCGUCUGUUGGGCCUUAUCCAGGGCUCGCUGUACCUAACAAGUCAUAUCGCGCAACCACUCAAUGGCAAGGUAAAGAAAUGCGACAUCUUGGUCGGAUAGUGUUAGGAGCCUUUGCCGUGGCUCUUUGGAAACCCCCAGCGGCGUUGAAGAGGGAUUUCGGGAGAGCGUUGAAGUGUGUAAGAGCUCUAAUUGAUUUCAAUCUAAUGGCACAAUACACAACGCACACCAGGGAGACGCUAGAAUAUCUACAGGGAUACCUCGAAGAGUUCCAUAAACACAAGGAUGUGUUUCUGGAAUUUAGGGCCUAUAAACGCACUAAGAAAGAUGCGAAAGAUCGGACAAGGGCACUAGAAGGCCCCGUAAGCCUUGAAAGAGGCCUGGAGGAGCUGGAGGAGAUUCGCAAGGGUUCUCAUUUCAAUUUCAUUAAGAUGCACCUACUAUCACACUUUAGAGAUCAUGUGGAGCGCUUUGGGAAUAUACCAAUGUUUUCAACAGAUGUCAGCGAGCUCGCCCAUAAACAACAAAUAAAGAAGGCCUACGCAGCCUCAAACAAGGUCGACGCGACCGUUCAAAUUCUCGAUUUCCACUCGAGGCGUAUGGCAAUGGAAAUACGGGUAUUAAAUCUGAAAGAUGUCGUUCUUUCUCUUCCAGAACAUUACGAAGGCUUCGGGAGCCAUCGGGAGAGUCUGCGAUGCAUGAUAGACAUCUUCAACAAUGACGACCGGCAAAGGGUGAAAAACAAAGGGGAGGGUUCUCCGAAACCCAAGUUGGCCGCAUUAGAUACUAGCCCUACUAGGUUAUCGGAUAUCGCGGAUUCUAUCAACUUUAAUAGAACAGUACUGGCAAGAGCGGUGUCGGAAUACGGCGAAGGGCUAGGCCGGAGUGAAGAGGGCUUAUUGAGCCUUCUUGAAUAUCCCGUGAGAUGUUUUAAAUGCCUACAGGUCCCAGUAUCGGUUUUUCAAAAUCCAGAGAGUCACGAGAUUCAUAAUAUAAGGUGUACAGGUGAAGCACUAUUUAGGAAGCGGGCGAUACGAAACGACUGGGCGUGGAUAAGAAUGGACACUACAGAACCGUGGGGUGCCUUUCAGGGGAGAUUACCGGGGAAUGGACAAGGGCCUUCCGGAAGGCUCGCAUGGCCUUCUGAGAGUCGGGAGGCGCUCCCGACAAAGGUUUUGGGUAGUGAAUAUACGAAGCAUCUUGGGAAUGGCCCAUUUGUUUCAAGUAGAGAAAGGCCAAUGGCUA